AUGACUGCUUCUGCUCCCGUCCCCGGUCCUCAAACGAGCGUGCAAACAGUUUACUAUCAGCAGCAGCAGCAAAACCCACUCCAACCGCAGCAAAUGCAGUUCCAGCAACAACACGACUACCAGCAGCAGCUUCAACAACAACAACAGCAGCAGUUCCAACAAACUGUGCCCGGCCCCAUCAACCAGUCCAUCUUCAACCGCCAGUCACUUCCAGCAAACCAACAGCCACUGCAACAGCAAAUGGUCCAGCAACAACAGCAGCCAAAUAUGUCCUUUACCAAAACAUACAGCGCUCUGCCUAUCCUCAAAUCUUCCUACCAAAUGCACCCGAGCUCAUAUGUGACCCUAGACAAGAUGCCCGCCAACAUCAACUGCCCUCGGUGUAAUGCCCCGAUAAUUACACAGUUAAAAACCAAAACCGGAACCACCGCAGUGGUAGCCGCUGUCGCUAUUGCUUUCGUAUUUUGGCCUUUGGCCUUCCUUCCUUUCAUGUCAAAGAGAAUGAAGAAAACCAUUCAUGUGUGUCCAAAUUGUCAGCAUAAUUUGGGAAAGGUUGUUACUGUUUCGGCUGUACCUAAUCAUAUGUAA